AGGAAAAAGAUUCAACAACAUUCAAAAAUUGAACAUACUAGAAAGGUUCAUUGAACUUGGAAGACAUACACUACUAUUUAUUUUUGUUCAUAGUACCUUAAUCGUUGCAAUUUUUAUUUUGACGAGCCUUAACUGUUGUAAUUAAAAUUUUAAAUUUAUAAGAAUUUGCAGCACAUUUGCUUUUGUCACAUAAUUUUAGCUAUUUUUUAGAUGGUUUUUCUUCUGUGUCAUUGUCUUUUGUCUGAUAGUGGGCUGGGCUAGUCUGGUAUGGAGUAAUAUAAGCCCAAAUACACCGACAUCAGCCGCCAUGAAAAUGAUGUCUAAAAAAGCAACAUUAAAAGUCAAUACUGUGUGUUUAAGAUUUAGGCUAUUUUUGAAAACAUCACAAAUUUAGAUUAAAAUAUAGUUUUGUCUUCACAGACCAACAAAGAUGAAAAUAUACUUGUUUUUUAGUCUAUUAUUAUCUCAUACUAGUUUAUUGUCUAUCUUUUUUUACACCCGAGAUGAUCUGAGGGAGAUUUUUCUCAUCCUGAUUAAUUUUUGUAAUUACAUAUAAAAAAUAUUUGAUUUGCACACAAAUUGUGUUUUGUGCGAACAAAUUUUUAAUUUUUAGAUUCAUGCAAUAAUCACGUAUCCCCCAACGGCCAGCAUCGAUGCAAUAAUUGACGUAUCUAAUCAUUAUUAUAAAUUAGAUAAAUUAAUUAUUAAAUAAAUUUAAAAAGCAAAAAAUUACUUAUAUAUAAGAUCGGAUGACAUAUCAAUUACCUUAUUCAUCGUCCAAUAAAAAUUCUCUCUGUUCCAUAAUAAGGGACACAGUUGACUAUUGCACGCAUGUCAAUACAUAACUUUGACGAUUAAUAUUUUUAAUUGUAUAAUAGUAAAAAAAUUCACAUGUCCCCAUAGUCAAACUUUCAACCUAACAAAGCAAGUAUUCAUCCAAUCCAAUACCUACCCCCUUCCUCUUCCUCUUUCAUGUUGUUUUGAUUAUUCUCCUUCUCCUCUUUCCCUUCAUCAAAACCCAUAUCUAAUAUGGGGUUUCAUCACAGAAAACUAGUAUCAUCUAUCCCUGGCUGUGAAUCUUACUGUCAUGAGGAAUGUUCCACCAUAGACUGUGAUUUUUGCAUCGGAAAAUGCUUAGGCUAUAACCUUCAACCACCACCACCACCACCUCAAGAUCACAACAAAAACAAAACAUCUACUUACUUGAUCAUAAGUUUUUCUAUUGUAGCUGCUCUUUUCCUUGUUUUAUGCUGCUAUGCUUUCUAUGUCAAGUUUUUCUCUCAUAGGAACAGGUCAAGAAGAACAACCUUAUUAACAAGACAACAAACAGAACAUGGUUUUGUUGUUGAUGAAGAACAUGAUGAUGGUUCUGUUGUGGAUCACCCAAUAUGGUAUAUUCGUACUCUUGGUCUUCAUGAAUCAAUUAUUAAUGCAAUCACUGUUGUUAAAUAUAAGAAAGAUGAAUUCUUGAUUGAUGGGUCAGAUUGUUCUGUUUGUUUGAGUGAGUUUGAAGAAGAUGAAAAUCUUAGACUUUUGCCUAAGUGUAAUCAUGCUUUUCAUUUACCUUGUAUUGAUACUUGGCUUAGAUCACACACUAAUUGUCCUAUGUGUAGAGCUCCUAUUGUUGUUGAUCCUUUAAGAAUUCCAUCUAUGGAUCCUAAUCUUUUUGUGGAAAGUUCUCAUAUGGAAAAUGGAAAUGGAGUGGAAGAUAGCGUUGUUAAUCAGUUGAGAAACGGUGAAGAAGAAGAAGAAGAAGAAGAGGAAGAUGUUGAGGAAGAUGAGAGUUCAGGUUUAGAGAUGGUAAAUAUGCAGCAGCCAAGAAGAUCAGUUUCUCUUGAUUCUUCUUCUGCUGCUAAGAUCAAUCUUGCUCUAUCCAAUUUUCUAUCAGUGGAAUCUCAAGGGAAUUCUAAUCCUAAUAGGGAACAUGUAGGGGAAGUCAAUGAACAAGUUGCUUCAAAGAGGGUUGGUGGAAAUGGAAAUAUGGUAAAUGUGCAUAGUGCUCCUUGUUCAAUGAAGAGGUCAAGAUCCUUCAAUGGAAAACAUCUACUAUCAUUGUAUAGCAGCAGUCAGAAGAAGAUAAAUCCUCCAGUGAGAAGCUUUUGAUUGUGCUCUUGCUUACUGCAAAUGUAUAUUUAUUGUUAAUUAACUCUCAAUAAGAUGAUGAGAGUUUGAGAGUUUUAUAUAUUUGUGAAUUGAAUAAGACAAUGUUAUGAUAAUGUGUAUAAUAGCAAAGAAAAAGGACAUAUACAAACAAAUUGAAGAUGAUUGUUCUUGUUAA